GUUGUUCUACUGUUGUUUUGAGUUGUUCUGCUUUGUGUUUUACUGGUGUUUUAUAAAAACACAGUAUUUUUGAAAACUUUUCCGUGUGAUAAUAUUUUUGUAAAAGUUAAUUCAAAUUACAGUAUUUUUGUAAAUUUCCCAAAAAAUUGUCUAUCGAGCCCUUCAAUUGAUGGAUCAUCCACUUGGGCCCGGAUUUGUGAGAAACCAUGAAAGAAGAGCCCAUCUGAACAAAGCAGGAAGGGAAAGCCAGGGGUUAAGGCCCGACUACUAGGGACAGUUGAGAACCGGAGGGAAUCAUCGUGGCGGCUUGGCCGACCUCACACUACAUUCUUCACUUCUUCUUAACUCCUCUCUAUUACUUUAAUGGUGUAUGGUGCUCUUGCUCAAUGUCACCCUCUAUAGCUUAGCAGUUAGCACCAUGGCAAUGGGAGUCCCAAGCCUGAAAAAUGAGUUCAGAUACUUGUCAAGGUCUCGUCUUCUCUUUUCUCUCAUUUUUCAUAUUCCACACCCACUCCCACACCCCGCCUCACCUCUGCCCUUUCCAGCUAGCUUCUUCGCUUCAGAUCAGUUUGGAUCAAAUUCUUUGUGUAAUCUGCCAAAUUCAUUGAUUUCUUCAUCUGGGUCCUUCUCAGUUUCUGCUCCCAAAUUCGCAGUAUUUGGUCAUGGAAUGGACUUGGCGACUCCUCGCCACUGUAAGGGUUUCAGGCCAUUCUCAGCUUCGUCUAGCAAAGAGCUCCCCAAUUCUGGUACGCUGAAAAUGUCGAAUUCUUCUGAGAAUGCGCGCGUUAGGAAUCCCGGUCCUGAAAGAACGGGAUCGAAAGCAUUUUGGAAGAAAGCUUGGGAAGUUGUUGGUUGGAUUAAAAGGGGUGAGAAUGAUUUGGAGUUCAAAUUGAAUGGGUUCAGUGUAAGUCUAUCAAAUGCUUUAAUCACUCUGAUUUUGCAGUUAUUGAAUUCAGAGAAAAUUUCUGCUUUGCGUUUUUAUAAAUGGAUUAAAGAUUCAAGACCUGGUCUUGGUCGUAACUAUGAUAUUUGCAGUUUGAUAGUUGAUAAUUGUGGAAGAUUAAAAGAUUACGAGACAAUGACUUGUACUUUGAAUGAGUUUAGUAAAAAAGGAAUUUGCUUGACUCAAAAUUCAUUUUUGUUCAUACCGGAGUUGGCCACAGAUGAGGAUUCUCUUAAGAAUUACGUUAGUGAUGUUGUAAUGAUAUUGAAUGGAGUUGGUGGAACAUGUCGAUCUUCUGGAGUUGGCUCUUUGAUUCAGAUGUUUAGCAGCUUAGGCUCAUUUAAAAUGGCCAAGUUUGUAAUGGAGAUAACAGAGAUGAACACGACUUAUUACAAUAUCAUGAUUAAAGAAACAUGUCGCAGAUGUGAUAUUGAAGGUUCAAGAGCUCUAGUUCAUGAAAUGAGGCAACUGGGUUGUAAACCAAAUGUCACAACUUACAAUCUUUUUUUUAGUAACUUGUGUAAGAGCGGUGAACGUGCUGAAGAAUUACUCAAGGAAAUUAAAGGAAUGGAUUGUUCUCCCAAUGAAUUAACCUUUGAGAUUAUUAUUUCUCACUUAUGUAAAGUUGGCAAGUUCGAUUUUGCCAUAGAGCUUUUGGAUAACAUGAUGUUGUGGGGACUCAAACCUCGGCUUACAACACAUGCUGUCUUUGUCAAGGGUUUCUUUAAGGUGCGUAGAUAUGAGGAGGCGCAUAAGUAUGUGGUUGAUGCAAGUUUUAAGCAUAGUUACUCGAGCAACGCAGUUUACAGCUUGUUCGCAGAUCUUUAUCUGAAGGAAAAAGAUUUGGUCAGCGCCCAAGCCAUUAUCUCCGAGAUGAUUGAAAAGGGUCUUAGGCCAAGCAUUCGAGUGUGCAUGACUCUGUUGAAAGGUCUCCAGAGUAUAGGCAGACAUGAAGAAGCUAGAGAUUUGGAGAAGAGAUUCUCUAGUCUUGAUUUUGAGGACAGAAUAACAGAAAUGGGAUAAUUCUAUGUUCGCGGAGUGAUUUAUACAGACACAGACAGACUUGUAACCUUUACAUCUUCAGAGUAUUUAUAUGGGCGGGAACUAAUCAUUUAUGGGAUUAACUUAUCAAAUUUACUAUCUUGGAACUUCCUAUGGCUGAAACAACAAUGUCGAAAGCUUUUUGGUACAAGUUGUACAGAUUAGUUUCCAAUUCUAUAUCCUAAAGCAAACAAUUCCUUGUGUUCCAGGGAUGCGUUUUUGGCAGUCCUACGCGAGUCACCUAUAAGUAUAACAAGAUAAAUACUCAACAAAGUAGGAAAAGACAGGAGAAGCCCUUUUUCUGUACUGAUCUACACUUGAUAUCACAAUUCUUUAGCGUAAAUAGAUCUUCAUGUUUUUUAUCACUAAGAAGAAUUAAUAUCCUUAGAUUUGUAAUUUUGACGUGCUUGUAUUUUUCUGGGAUCACUUUUGAGAUACUGUGAUCUUCCUGGCAAUGAAUGCAUGGAAAUUUGACCAAUUUCCUUUUAAAUUCAGAA